UACUAAAGUCAACACCGUUUGACAUCGAAAAUGUCAGGUUCAGAACGUUGUGACUCAGUUUCACUAACUCGUUCUGAACUUCAAGGAAGAAGAAGGACAACGUUCUUUGUCAUCGUCCUUCUUCCUGUGGUUAUCGCUGCGGUUCUAUUCCGGCUCGACCCGUUUGAGCCGGUUCUGUUACCAGCACACGAGAUAAGCCGGCCCAACUUAGUGGCUGGCACGCUGGCUCGCAACGACAACAUGCGACGAGGGUCUGAGGUUGUAGGAAAUGGACGCGUGGCGGGGCCGGAAGAUUUAGUUUACGACGUGGCGACGAACGUGGUUUACACGGGGUGUAGGGAUGGUUGGAUCAAGCGAGUCAAGUUGAGUGAUGACUCAGUGAGUGGCUCGGAGGUGGUGGAAGAUUGGGUCAACACCGGUGGAAGACCGCUUGGGGUAGCUUUGGAUCACGGUGGUGCACUCAUUGUUGGCGAUGCCAAUAAGGGUUUGUUGAGAAUUACAAAGGAUAAGAAGGUAGAGGUUCUUACCGAUGAGGUUGAUGGAUUGAAAUUCAAAUUAACGGAUGGUGUUGAUGUAGCAAAAGAUGGUACCAUUUAUUUCACAGAUGCUUCAUACAAAUACUCAUUAAAGGACCACUUCUUAGACUUGUUGGAGGGUAAGCCUCAUGGUAGAUUCAUGAGUUAUGAUCCAACAACAAAGAAAACAAAAGUGCUUCUCCAUAAUCUCUACUUCCCCAAUGGUGUUGCUGUCUCACCAGAUCAGCAAUUUGUCAUCUUCUGUGAAAGUGUUCUGAUGAAAUGCAAGAAAUAUUACAUAGAAGGCCCUAAGAAAGGAAGUGUGGAAAAAUUUUGUGAUAACCUACCUGGCUACCCUGAUAACAUUCAUUAUGAUGAACAAGGCCAAUAUUGGAUUGGUUUAGGCUCGGGAUCAACCUCAGAACUGGAUAUAAUAUUCAAAUAUCCCUUGAUUCGGAAGGCUUUAGGAAUGUUCGCAAAGUAUGUAGUGAAUCCAAAUAUAGCGAAAAAUGGAGGAGUUAUAUCUGUGGAUUUGGAUGGAAAACCAAUUGGUCACUAUUCUGAUCCCAAAUUAGCAUUAGCAAGUGGAAUUAAAAUUGGUGAUCACAUUUAUUGUGGUUCCCUUUCUUAUCCCUUUAUACUACGUCUUGAUGUGAAGCAAUAUCCUGCUAUCAGCUCAUCAUCUUCAAAAAAAUAAAAAUAAAAAAUAAUAUAAGUUAUAUAUAUUAUGCACGUUAUUCAACUUUUUAGUUUUACUAGUGAAUUGUCCGUGCGAUGCACGAAUAUGGUAAGUUUAAUGAAAAUCAUUCACUAUCAAAAUAUUUUUAUGU